GUAAACGAUAUCAUUCCUUAUUUCUUUGGGAAAUUUAAAGAAAUUAUCCAAAUAAUAUUGAAAAACACGAGAAUUCACUGUCAUCAUCUUUAGCUAAACCUAAAUCUGCAAGGUUAAAUCAAUUUAUAAUAAAGCGAGGACGUUGAUACUUAUGAAUAAAUAAGUGUUUUAAAAUUGGCCAUCCAGCUCCAACUUCCGCUUCCCAAAUCAAAAUUUGAUGAUCCAAUACAAAACCACACCAAUAUUUUAUUUAAGAAGUAACUUAAAACUUCUAUCCAGGAAUGCUUGUUUCGAUAUAAAAUUCUGUUAUAGCAAUCGAUAACCGAUUCUUAGCGUAUAUGAUAAACUUUCUGACUAGUGCUACCGAUUGACGUAUUUAAUGUAAUAUAUUCCUGAUGACGAAUUUUGUGGAUUUAUGUAGAAAAAUCAAGAUGAACAAGUAACUUCCAUAGGCACAAUAUAUUUAAAUACAUUAUAUUUCAUCGAAUAUCGUUUAUUAAAAACUAUAUACAAAGCUUUAAGUUGAAUUGCCAUUGGUAUUCCACCUCAUAUAUAUAUUUGAUUAAGUUUCUUCAAUUAACACGUACACAAACCACUAAAUAUUAACAACAGAUGUCACGAUUAUCCUCCUCUUGAUUUUGAAAUUAUUAAAAUAUUCAUUUACGUUCUCUGAUACAACAAUUAAAUUAAACCAGAGAACUUAAAUGAAUUAAGUUCUCUGAUUAAACUAUUUAACAUAUAAUAGAAUUUCGGUGAAAACCACACUCAUCAACAAAAGAUGUCGCUAAUAGGGUAUUAAAACAGUACAGGGUUGCACAAGUGAGCUCUUUAAAAAUAAAUAAAUUUUCUAGAUCAAAGUUCAGGAUAAGUAUUUUCAAAAGGUUUUUUGAUUUGAACAGAAAAGUUUUGCACGUUGUUAGGUAAGAAAACAUGGCGACAUAGUAUUAAAACAAAAGUUUUUAAGAUUUCGUCAAUUAUGUUUUCAGUGGUUACAUAGAGUGGCAACUCUGUCGACCACUUCUGGUUAAUAAUUAUGUUAUCGAAUAUUAUAUUAAAUAGUACCGAUUUCGAAGUUUUCUGUGUGUAAUUCUAAAAACACAGUUUUGCAUAUUUUUUUACGAAUUGCUCGGUCAUCGGUAUCCUUUGCUUUUUAAAUCAUAUAAAAUGUCGUUUGUUCGGAAUGCUCGCUAUUUAAUGGGGCGGAGCAUCCAUAAUAUGCAAAAGCGCGGAUUUGCUGAUGAGAUGAAACUUACUUUCGCAGCUGCUAAUCAAACAUUUUAUGAUCAAUCGGAGGUUCGUCAGAUUGAUGUUCCUUCAUUCAGUGGAAGUUUUGGUAUACUUGCAAAACAUGUACCCACUUUAGCCGUUUUGAAGCCUGGUGUGGUGCAAGUCAUUGAAAACGAUGGAAAAACGUCAAAAUAUUUUGUAUCAAGUGGCUCAAUAACAGUAAAUGAAGACUCAUCUGUUCAAGUUUUGGCUGAAGAAGCGCACAAGGUCGAGGAUAUUGACGUUGCUGAAGCGAAGCAGCUCUUGUCACAAUAUCAAUCACAAUUAAAUUCUGCUUCCAGUGAAGAAGCUAAAGCGGAAGCAGCCAUAGCUGUUGAAUGUGCAGAGGCUCUUGUCCGAGCUGCAGAAUAAAAUCGAUUGUUUUUCUCUGCAUCGUUAGGGUCAUAGAAAAUGGUACAUAAAAUUAAUAUAUGAAUGUUCAAACUGAAAGUCAUACAUAAAGUUUGAAUAAACUAUGAAAAUGUCGACAUGUGAUGGUUUCAUAA